CCAAGAAGAUGAAUUUGAACAUUUCCAUCCCCGUGGUACUCACCAUCUAUAUUUUCACCUUCGUGAUUGGCCUCCCAUCCAACCUCCUGGCCUUCUACGCCCUCCUGGUGAAGGUCCGCCACAAACCCACCCCUAUCGACAUCCUUCUGCUCAACCUCACUAUCUCCGACAUCUUGCUCCUCAUCUUCCUCCCCUUCAAGAUGGUGGAGGCCGCCUCCGGCAUGCAGUGGCCCUUGCCUAAGUUUCUCUGCCCACUCACCAGCUUCAUCUACUUCGGUAGCAUCUACAUCAGCUCCCUCUUCCUCAUGGCCAUCAGUGUUGAGCGCUACUUGGGGGUGGCCUUUCCCAUCAAGUACAAGCUCCGGCGCCGGCCAGCCUAUGCCAUCGCCGCCUCUGUGUUUUUUUGGGUUGUGGCCUGCAGCCACUGCAGCAUCGUCUACAUUGUCCAGUACAAAGACAACUCAAGCUCCUCCAACGGGACGACAUCCCCCUUUGAGAAGUCCCACUGCUAUGAAAAUUUCACCCCUAUGCAGCUCCAAAUCCUCCUUCCUGUCCGUCUGGAGCUCUUCAUCGUCCUCUUCUGCCUCCCCUUCACUAUCACUGUCUUCUGCUACGUCAACUUUGUCCGCAUCCUCCUGGCCUUGCCCCAAAUCCGGGCCCAGCGGAAGCAUCGAGCUCUAGGCCUGGCUGUGGCCACCUUGGUCAACUUCAUAGUCAGUUUUGCCCCCUACAAUGUGUCCCAUGUGGUGGGCUUUGUCCGGAACGAGAGCCCCUGCUGGAGGGUUUACGUUCUUCUCCUCACCACCCUCAAUGCCUCCUUGGACCCCGUCGUCUUCUACUUCUCCUCCACUGCUGUCCAGCAGGCCUUUGCCAAAUGCCUGGCCAGCCUGAGGCACAAACUCAGCGCCCUCACGGCCCGGUGCCAUCUCCCCUGGUUGACUCGCUUUGAGGAAGGGAUCAGCGAGGUGGAGGUGGCCAGUGGGGACAAGGCUGAGGAAUCGAUGGUGUGA